GUAAAAUUGACGUGUGUGUUCGGUAAAGAAAUAUUUAUUCGAGGUUCGGCUUGUGUUACUUUACUUUCUUUCUUAUCCUUUUUUUUGGGGGGGAGGGUCUUUUUUUAGGGGGGGGGUUUUUUCGUAAAAGAAUUUAUUAAUAAGAAAAAAAAAAUAAGGGAGAGCGAGAGGGUUUGGCUAACAUCGGAAAGACCCUGACACGAGGGUAGAAAGUGGCGCGCUAGCAGGGAAACUCGGGCGAGUUUAGCGCCGUGGAGCUUCGAACACCACCAACGAGGCUACUAAGCAAAGUCAAAACUAUCUGGCAGAGGGAUGAUAAACGCUAAGGGAUGUUACUUUAUCGAUCAAUCAAGAAGAUCAUCGAAGAUGUGAACCUUUUGCUGAGAAUUCUGUCGCAUGAGGGGUUCCAAGGUUUGAGUCAAGUGGAACGACGAACGUAGAAAAUCGAAAAACGUCAAAGAAAGAAAUAAAGAUAGAUAGAUAGAAAGGGGAUAGAAAAAAAAAUAGAGAAAGAGUGAGUGAAAACGAGCUACGGAAGUAGAGAAAAGUAAGAGAAAGAGAAAGAGAGUGAGAGGGUUUCGUGAAGAAAGAAGGCUGUAAAGAAGAGUAACAGGAGUUAGAAGGGCGGGUGAGGGGGAUGCAGCUCGAAAGGGUGGCGGCAUGGAGGAGCCCUCGCUGGAGGCUCUCAUGCAGGCAAGCCUCAUCUUCGUGGUCUGUGUCGCCAUCAUCCUCUCGAAUCUCCUCGUCAUCGUCACAUACCUCAAUUUCCGUGGUCCCUCCGAGGUGAUAAAUUACUACUUGCUGUCUCUUGCUUCUGCGGACCUUCUUUGUGGUCUGCUGGUGGUUCCGCUUUCCGUAUAUCCGGCAUUGGUGCGAAAAUGGGUCUAUGGGGACAUCGUGUGUCGUCUCGUCGGAUAUCUCGAAGUUACCUUAUGGGCGAUAUCCGUCUAUACUUUUAUGUGGAUUUCCGUCGAUCGUUACCUAGCCGUCAGGAAACCAUUAAGAUACGAGACAGUCCAGACAAAAACGCGAUGUCAAUGCUGGAUGGUUUUCACGUGGAUCAGCGUAGCAAUGAUGUGUUGUCCGCCACUUCUUGGCUUCAACAAGCCGAUAUUUGAUCGCGAGGCAUUCAUCUGUAUGCUAGAUUGGGGCAACAUGGCAGCAUACACCAUAACCUUGUCUAUCCUCGUGCUCGGACCAUCAGUAAUCACCAUCGUCUAUACCUAUUUCUAUAUAUUCUCGAUGAUGAGACGACUGAAAUCAGGUGCAUUGAUGCACGACAAGGAAUAUGCAACAGCACUUUCCGAAAAUUUGAGCAACCCGAGUCACAUCAUGUCCUUUGUCCUAGUGAUGACAUUCUGGUUAUCCUGGGCACCCUAUGCAGGAGUCAGAUUAUACGCUGUUAUUAGCGGACCUCCUCAGGUACCGUUUUUACACUUUGCCGUUGUAUGGCUUGGGAUAACAAACAGUUUUUGGAAGGCAGUCAUCCUCGGAGCACUUAGUCCCCAAUUUCGGCUAGCUGCGCGUGUUCUUUGCUUGACGUUGUGCUGUCGACACAGAAGACUUCCACCGGAACUUCUUGGCCUCGACGACGACGAUUAAUAAUUAAAAAGAAAGAAACACACGCCUACGCGAGAACGACCAUUGCUUUUUUUUUUCUCCCCCUCUCGUUUUUUCUUUUUAUUUUCUUUUUUCCCAAGCGCUACGCAUCACCUAAAUGAUCCAACUUUUUUAUUUUCAUUUCUCAACAACCCUUUUCUAUUUUAUAUUUUUAUUUUAUUUUCUUUUCUUUUCUUUUGAUUUUUUUCGUUUUAUAACUCAUGUCAAUCGGACACUCCCAUUCAACCCCAUUUAUUAUAUUUCCCAUUAAAAAUAUUAUUUUCCUCCUUAGACAUUUUUCCUCAUAAAGAGUCUCCCAUUUAUUAUUUCUCUAAAUCUUUCGUUCAUUUUUUCCCCAUUACAAAUAUUACUUUUAUUUUUUUUCGUAUUCUCCCCCUAACGUAACCAAACGUAACGCGUGCAUUGUUUAAACUAGUCAAGGUCGUUGUCGUACCCGGAACGACGACAACCGUCGGAUGCAUUUUCUCUUCUUUUACUCCUCGGAGCGUGAAGAAAAAAAAGAAAGAAAACAAAAAAAUGAAGCCAAACACACAUCAGGCUCAGAUUUGUUCAAUCACGGUCUACGUUGUGCAGAAAAGCAACGUGGAACUGCAUCCUCGCAAGCCGUUAGGACAGAGAAAUAACCAGCGAAGCAAGACCGACCUAAUGCGCGUGCAAAAUAUCGAACUACGUCGGCUUCGACAAAAGGAAAAAAAGUGUGAGAGAGAGAGAGAGAGAGAGAGAGAGGGAGAGGGAGAGAGGAAAAUAAAGACGAGGGAAAAGGGGUGGUAAGAGAGGAGAGUUAAAAAGAAAAAAGAAAAAAAAAAUAAUACUCGAUCCGUUUUCUCAGUCGCCGUUCGCGCGGUUGAGCGUGAAGCACGCAGAUACAACACAGCGAAUUACGUACGUUUCGUUGAACGUAUAACGUAUUAUCCGUGAAACCAUUUUCAGAACAACCUUUAUAAACGAUACCGUCAACUCCGAUUAUUAUUAUUUUUAACAAAAUAUAUUCAAUUAUUAAGGAAUUUUGAAAAAUCAAAUCGAUCACCGACGAAUCUCUCCAUUCCCGAACAAAAUGAUUAAACAAUGAAUUUGGAUAUUUUAAUAAUUACGAAUUAAUGAUAUGUACGCGCGAAUCAAUAUACAAAUUAUAUAUUUAUUUUUAUUUGAUUAUUAAAUCAUCGCAUUGAUUUAUUUUUACUUUAGAUUUUUAAUCUAUUGUCAUAUAAUUAUUAUAUACGCGAUUGAUGAACAAUUUACUUAAUCAUUACUUUUUUUUUUUGAAUAAUCAAUUAAAUUAUCGAAAAUUAUUCCCAAUAAUUUUGUUUUAUUUUGUUAAUUAUUAUUAAUGAUACGAAUCAAUAGAUUAUAUUCAUUUAUUUCAUGACUUUUUAUUUUAUAUUAAUCAUUACAUUUAUUUACUUUUAGUUUCGAUUUUUGAAUAAUUAUUUAAUCAUCACUUUGAGUAUAGUCUUUGCAUUCGACGUUUGCUAAUGUUUUUAUUAAAUUCUUGUUAAACGUACGUUUUAGUUUUCUAAUAUUUAGAAGAAGAAAAAAUAAUAUAUACUCGAUAAGAGUUAUAUAAAUAAUAUAUUUGAAAAAUAUACGAAUAAUAAUUAUUUUCCAUAUAUUCUAACUCUAUCGAAAUAAUUAACGAAAGAUAUUAGAUGAAAUAUGGAUAAAAGUUGACGUUAAUUAAUAAAUCAACGAUAACAACAAAAAAUAAAAAGAAAAAACCUGUUAAAAAGCUAUUAUCGAUGUUAAGAAGAAAUAAAUGAAAAAGAAAAAAAAACGAUUCGUACGUUUGAAAAAAAAACAGAGAAUUGUAAUCGUAUAUGUAUAUUUUUUUAGAACUAAUAAUAUUAUUUUACGAGAUCGUAGACAAUCAAAUGGUAUUUCCUAGAUAUUGUUCGGGCGCUUGACUAUGAGUAAAAAAAAACAAAAGCCGAAAAAAAAGAAAUUAAAUUAAAAAAAAAAAAAAAAAAAAAAAAAACGGCCACGAUUUUGCAGCUCCACGUUUGCCCCUUUCGAUAGAACGGUGUUUUAUGUUUAAAAAAAAAAAAGGAAAGGAAAGGAAAGGAAGGAAAAAAAAAAAUAAAAAAGUAUAAUCUAUAUGCAAUAGGAUAUACAAGAGAAAAACGAUUAUAAUUAUUGGGCUUGGUUUUUUUUUUAUAUCUUUUUUUUUUCUUUCUGUGGAUUCAGCUAACAAUUUUAUGAAAAUUUAUUGGAUUUUAUUAUUUUUUGUUUUUUUGUUUUUUUUUUUUUUUAAAGGAAAAAACGAGAGAAUGGAGACGGACGAGAUUGAAGGAUAACAUUUUUCAUUUAUAUAUAGUUUUAAAAUUGAUAUUACAUUUUGUUAAAUGUUUUUCUUAGAUAAUACGUUAUCUCGAUAAACCGUAACUCGCUAUUAUCAAAUAUUGUUGGAGAAAAUAUAGUAGGGAAAUGAGAAUUGAAAGAAAAUAAAUUGAACGAAUGAGAAAGAAUGAGAGGGGGAAUCCUGAUAGGACCGAAAAUGAACUAUAUUUUUUACGUUUGUUAAACGUAAUUUCCGAAGAAACAUUUCAAAUCGAAUAAAACAACAAAAAUUUCGCUUUUCUCGUUCGUAAGAAAAUUUUUUAGAGCCAAAUAUAAAAAUAGAUUUUAAUAAACGUUUAAAAAUCAUUUUUUUCCUAAUUGCAAAUUAACACACACACACAAACACUUGACGAACGUGUGUCAUGAUGAUCAAACGGAUUGAAACGAAUGAAGUAAUGGAAAAUAAAAA